UCUUAAACAUGACAUAUUGUCCAAACACACAGGUAAAACUCCUGGUGAAGCAGCUGAGAUCCACGUGACACACUAUUAUAAAGAUGGCGUUUAUUAAAGUGGAGACUGAAGACUUGAAGAUUGAAGAAGUAUUCAGAGUGAAACAAGAAGAUACUGAGACACAAACAGACAUGAUGCCACUGAAAGUGGAAAGUCAAGAACUAAAUGAAGAUGAAGAAAAAGACCAAUAUGAGAAACAUCAUGAUUUCAUAAAUGGAGAAAAAUCUUUUAGUUGCUCAAAGACUGAAAAGACUUCAUCAAGUAAAGGAGCACAAACAACAGGAACUAGACGUUAUUUCACCUGCUCUCAGUGUGGAAAAAGUUUUAGUCAACCUGGAUACCUUAAGGUUCACCUGAGAGUUCACACUGGAGAAAAGCCUUACACCUGCCAACAGUGUGGAAAAAGUUUCAAUCGAAAUGGGAGCCUUAAAGUCCACAUGAGAGUUCACACUGGAGAGAAGCCUUACACCUGCCAACAGUGUGGAAAAAGUUUCACUCAACUAGGAAGCCUUCAAGUCCACAUGAAAAUUCAUAUGGAAGAGAUCCCUUACAUCUGUCAACACUGUGAAAAAAGUUUCACUCAAAAAGGAAGUCUUAAAGUCCACAUGAGAAUUCACACUGGAGAGAGCCCUUACAUCUGCCAAGAGUGUGGAAAAGGUUUCAUUCGAAAAGAAUCCCUUAAGAACCACAUAAGAAUUCACACUGGAGAGAAGCCUUAUAUGUGCCCUCAAUGUGGAAAGAGUUUUACACAUAAAGUAACCCUAAUUGUCCACAUGAGACUUCACACUGGAGAGAAGCCAUUCACAUGUGGCCAGUGUGGAAAGAGCUUUAGAGGUAAAGUAAACCUUAAUCGCCACAUGACAAUUCACUCAAGAGAGAACUGUUUUAUAUGCCAUCACUGUGGAAGGAGUUUCAAAGACAAAAAUCAACUUAAGGAUCACAUAAUAAGUCACAGUGGAGAAAAUCCUUUUAUGUGCAAUCACUGUGGAAAAACUUGCACAAACAAAGCAAACCUUGAGGUUCACAUGAGAGUUCACACUAGAGAGCAGCCUCUUUUCUUGUGCCAUUAGUGUGAAAAGAGUUUCACAUAAAGAGACAAAAAAGAGACCUAAAGUGUCAUUUGCAAACUCAUUCUGUAAAGAAAUUGCGGUGUUCCUCGGUGUGAGUGUUUAUAAAAGGGAGAAAUUUCAAAAAUCACUUGUGCAUUCACAAACUGAUUUACUUUAGAUCAGUGCAAUAAAUCUUUUUCCAUCACGCAUACAGAAACACCUGAAAAGUCAUGCAGAUGUGAGACCUAUUUGUGUACUUCGUGUGGAAAUAUUGUUGUGAAAUGCCACAAUGUAAAAUUAUAAAUAAAAGGACAUAAACUGAA